UUCCAGACCAACCUGGUGCCCUACCCUCGCAUCCACUUCCCGUUGGUGACCUACGCGCCCAUCAUCUCUGCCGAGAGGGCCUACCACGAGCAGCUCUCUGUGGCGGAAAUCACCAGCUCCUGCUUCGAGCCCAACAACCAGAUGGUGAAAUGUGACCCCCGCCAUGGGAAGUACAUGGCCUGCUGCAUGCUGUACCGUGGGGAUGUCGUGCCCAAAGACGUCAAUGUGGCCAUCGCUUCUAUCAAGAGCAAGAGGACCAUCCA